AUGACAGAUGACUCGGUGGACAUCCUCGCCUUGAAUGUUCUCCACGACAUUCGAGAUGGACACAGGGGCACUGAUAUUUUGGAAGUCCCGGAAGUUCUAUGCUCAGACCCAGUAGAAAAAAGCAUCGUGAACUGGCUGAGAGAUGAAGAUAUGCUAUUGACGGACCUUUCUCCGGCCCGUGUCAUGAUAUUUGGUUAUCGGUCCGAAUGGAAGGGACAGCGACCGAGCGAUGUGACUUCUGCUGAAGUCGCCAAUAGGUUGUUGGACAGUCUGGCAAGGGCUCGAAAGGGUGUUGAAGACCGACCUAUCCUAUUCAUUGCGCACUGUGUCGGUGGGCUGGUUCUAGCAAGGCCUAUUGAUCGGGUCGGCCAGAGCCUGUUGACAGCAUACCACGACGAGCUUCACCAAAAUAAAUGGGCUCGGAUUUUUAGCGCCACCUUAGGUAUAGUCUUUAUGGGUGUGCCAUUUCGAGGCGCCCACGGAGCGUUAGCAAACAGGCAAAUCUUAUCCGCCGCUCAACAGCAAAUUGAUAGCCUGGAAAACGAGAACGAACGACGUGAAGCCCAUAUUAUAAAGCGCAUACUGGAAAUCCUCAGACCUGGAAACGAGAUGCUUUUCAGUCUGAUGACUGAUUUUCUGGCAAUCGAUCAUGAACUGAUGCCGCAAAUGGAAAGACUGGUACCCCGAGAUUCUGCUACACUGGAUGGCGUGCAAUCUUUGCUUAUGGAAACAGACCAUUUCGGUCUAAACAAAUUCAGAGGGCGGACGGAGGAAUACCGUAUGCUGGUGAAUAAGUUGCAGGCGUUUCGGUCUGAGGAGGCAUACAGCGCCUACUCAGCUCGACGAGCCAGAAUGAUGAGAAUCAAUCCGCGCCUUGCUCGUCGCUGGAGGCAAGAGCUAGCUGGGGAAGUAGUGACAACUUCUGAUUUAGGGUUCAAAUAUUGCUCCAGCUCGCAGAGGACGUCGCAUGGUGGAGCUGUUCUAAAACGAAAGCGCUCUGGAAACAAGGAUAACGUAUAUCACCAGUCUCGCUCGCGGUACAUAAGCUUGCAGGUGCAGAUUGAAAGGCAACAGCCAGUAUAUUUCAUGGAUGCCUUGGGCAGGGUCACUCCUUUUCAUCUUGAAUUUAUCCGCUCGGUCGAGGCAAUUGCAAUGUGUAUGGUGUUCUGGCAUGACGGGAUUGAAGAUGACUCUUGCCCAUCGUGUAAAAGCGCUUUCCCAGGGUCGACCUCUAAUGCGAUUCAAUGCUCUGUCUGCGGAUCCAUCUUUCGGCGGAUCCAGGACUUGGAGAGUGGCAUUGACUCAAAGAUUCGUUCUCGGCGGAUUUUCGAUGGAUAUUCUGACGAUGGUGAUUUCUGGUCUGACUCGGCAGGUCUGCAGGAGUUGAAAAGACUCGAUGCGCCUACCGUUGCUACACCGCCCGUUGAAUAUGAUGACGUACAGAACGAGCUGGAUGAAACCAUCACUCUGUUCCAUAAUGUUCGGAUCAUAUCAACACCCUCUGUUAAACGCUCCACUAAGGUAUGGUGCUCCAUACAAGCAAGUGUCUGGUAUUACAAUGAUGCCGAGAGGGAGAAAAGGACGGGAUGGUGCUUUGUUGAGAAUGGCGACACCAUGGUCCUCGAGUGCCGCCAGGACCAGAGCGUUGUUUUCUUUUAUCGACAGAUCUCACCUAAGGACCAUGGAUUUGAGUGGGGAUUGGAGUGUGACUUUCUCUGGAGAGACUCUGACGGUUGUGGCGGCUGGCAUUUCCGGUCUCAAAACAGAAAGGACGCCCAGAUUAUAUGGGAUUACAUCCAAUGCAGACCUGAUAUAAGAAUCAAUUCUUCCAAAGGCGGUCUAGACCUACCCCUAUUCCCAGACGAAGAUGCAGCACCCUUACACGGAGUCAGGGGACGGGAUUGGGGCUUGUACGGUGAUUGGUAG